UCCCACAAAGCUACUACAUAUAUAUUGAGAAAAAUAAAGAAAUUAAACUUAUAUUUCUGACAAAAUUAAAAAUAGAAAUGUUGUUGCCAACAACUAUAUUAUUCCAGUCUGGCACCCAAUUCCACCUACGCAAAAACAGUAAAUAAAAUAACACGUGGCAAUAACACUAUUUUGGCUGAUAAAGACUCUUUCACUUUAAUUCUUCUUCUUCUUGUUCCUCAUACACACACACUACUACUACUCUCAUCUCUCUCAUAUCAAACAGAAGAAACAAAGCGUGCCUCUUCUCUCUUUCUUCAUCAUUCUCAUCAAGCUUUCUUCUUCACCAAAUUCCCAACACUAUCAUUCCCUUCUUCCUCUAUAAAGAAUCAUCACUUCUUCUUCUUCUCAAUGGAUCCUUGGGAUACUUAUAACAUACCACUAGACCACCAACACCGUCUCCGUAACCGCCGUGACCACCGUCAUCCUUCCUUCUCCUCUACUCUCCUCGACCAAAUUUACCGCUCCAUCGACGAUUCCUCUACUAACUCCUCAUCCAUGAGAAAAACCAAACAUCAGAACCGCGAGGACACGCGUGUUUCUGCUAACCGCCGCGACGAUUUCAACAGAUCCAAGAAUCUUAAAACCAUAGAACCUGUUUUCUUCAAACAUUCAAGCUCAAGCUCCUCUGACUCAAGCGGAUUCUCGUCUUCCGAGUCUGAUUAUUUCUACAGACGAUCUAAAUCCUCGCCGGCGAUUUCUCAUCCUAAACCGAUACGAACCACCGUGGAACGAUUCGAAAGAUCUCCUCAGAAUCACCGACCUAACAGUAGUAAUAAACAAGAACAUGGAAGCUUUCUCAAAACGAAAUCUAAAGCGUUGAAGAUUUAUAGCGAUUUGAAGAAAGUGAAACAACCGAUUUCUCCCGGUGGUCGUCUCGCUACUUUCCUUAACUCCAUAUUCACCGGCGCCGGAAACACUAAAAAACUUAACAAAAUCAACACAACCGUCACUUCCACCACCGCCGCCGCCGCCGCAGCGUCAUCAACCACUACAUGCUCCUCUGCUUCAUCAUUCUCCAGAUCUUGCUUGAGCAAAACGCCAUCGUCUAGCGAAAAAUCGAAAAGAUCCGUACGUUUUUGUCCCGUCAACGUCAUCUUCGACGAAGACUCCUCCAAGUACAACAACAAGAACAACAAAGUGUACGGAAACAACGAACGUGAAUAUGAAUCCAUUCGUCAUACUCUAGAGAACCGAGUCAUGGAAGAGAAUCGUCGUGUAAUCGAAGCAGCUAAAGAACUUCUGAGAAGUUACCAGAAGAAGAAUAAAGAAGUCAUUGAAGUCUCCGUCGAAGACGAUGAAGAAGACGACGAUGAUGAUGCGUUGAGUUGCACAAGCUCUGAUCUGUUCGAGUUGGAUAAUUUGUCGGCGAUAGGAAUCGAUAGGUAUAGAGAGGAGCUUCCGGUUUACGAAACAACUCGCUUGAACACUAAUCGUAUCAUUUCUAGAUGAUUAUAAUAAUUAAUUACUUGGUUUGAGGUGGAUUAGCGAUUUUCUGAGUUAUAUGUUAUAGACUUAAUAGUGUUUUACUAGUAGUAAAUUUUCUGAGUUUUGUAUUACUAAUUACUUUAGAUUUGAUUAUAGAUAAGUACUAAAUUAAAUACAACUUUGAAAUCAAGAAGCGCCAGAGAGAAGAUCAUUGAAGAUGAGUUGAAAAUUAAAAAAGCAAAAGGCAGAUUUUCUAACCUUUGUCAUCAAUUUGGACAGCAAUGUGAAGUUGAUUUUUUUUUUUUCAUGUCACCUGAUGGGAUCCACCCAUUAAUAUAUUUAUAGUAUUAUGGUUUCUAUUUUCAUUAUUUGUUUCUACUUAUAUUGUUUUAUUGAGUUAUACUGACCAAUCAAAAACAAUAUGGAC